AUGAAAACAACGAAUAAAUUACCCCCCAGAAAUACGGCUAUCCAAUUAAAUUAUGGGAAUCAAAAUAUAUUGAUAUUUUAGAAUCAAAAACCAUUAGAAUUAAGAAGAUACACAACAGAUGCAGAAGAAAUGAGAAGACAUUAAAAGAGUUAUGGUUCAUAAAAAAGAAAUGAAUCAAAGUAAUAUUUUUGAAUAGAGUUUAGUGAAAUCCACAAAUAACCUAAAGGUAAGUGUUAAUAUAAUACAAUUGAUAAAUAAUUUACAGAAAAUGGAAGACAAUAACAUGUAUCAAGUUUAUCAGAUAGUCAAUCAUAACUACCUCCUUUAGUAAUGAUAAAAUGUUAAGCAAAACCAUAAUUUGAGAAUUUUAAGAAUCAUGCAAAUGCAAAAAAUCAUAAUUUUAUCACUUAAUAAUAAAGAAAUGAAAAACCUCAUUCAUUUAAAUAAAUAACAUAAGUGAAUAAUAAAAACUUAUCAAAUUGUAAUAAGAUUAUUAAAUUUUAAGUGUAUUAUAUUGGAGAUUUGUAAAAUGCCAUUUUAAAUUAAAAUGCUAGAAAUUCUGAAAUGUUUAGAGAACAUAUUGUUGUUUCCUUUACUUAUAUUCCAUUAAUACAAAAAUCAGUAAUUGAUAAUAAGUAAAUAUAAGAUAAAAAGUUAAAUAUUCCUUUUGCAACAAAUAAAAAAUGUAAUUAUAUACUUGAUUAUUAAAAAAUAGAUAAUAAAACUAUUAUUUUUGAUAUGGAUGAAACUUUAAUGCAUUGCAAUGAAGAUGAAAAUGAUAAAUGUUAAUUUAAAAUUCCAAUUGAAUUUGAAGAUGGAGAAAGAAUAGUAGCAGGUAUCAACAUUAGAAACUUUGCAAAAGAGAUAAUCUAAAAACUUAGUGAAGUUUGUGAAGUUAUGGUUUUUACUGCCUCAUAAGAUAUUUAUGCUAACCAAGUAAAAAUGAACUUUUGUUAUUUAAGGUUAUAAAUAUUCUAGAUCCACAUAAUAAUUUAUGUUAUAGAAUCUUUAGAGAUAAUUGUAUAACCAUAGAUGAUAAUCAUUUAAUCAAACAUCUUGGAGUUUUGAAUAGAGAUUUGAAGAAUGUAGUCAUAAUUGAUAAUUCUUCUUGCAGCUUUGCGUAAGUGUUAAAUUUCAACAAUAAGUUAGACAUCAUUUAGAAAAUGGGAUUCCGAUUAUUUCAUUUUACAAUGAUGAAAAGGACAAUUAAUUAAUUAAGUUGUAUCGAUAUUUGUGUUAAUACAUAUUACCAGCUGAGGAUGUAAGACCAAUAAUUUUAUCACAUUUCAAAUAAGAUAAACUUAAUUAAUAUGAGACUGUAGAGGAAGCAGUAAAAUAAUUGUAUUUUUGAGAUAUUUGAGUCUUAUUUGUUUCUGUAAUUUUUGUUAAAACAUAUUUUAAAUGUGAAAGUCCUUUAAUUUAAUACAAUAUUAAUGUUACUUGAAAGUGAUCAACAAUAAGAGAGUUCAAAUAUCAAUAAUCAAUAACUAUAUAAAUCUGUAUAUGUACUAUCUCUUAUAGAUAUGAUUUCAGUCUAUAAGGAAUCGACGAAAAAUUUAUGAUGAUAAUGAUUUUAAGGAAGUUGUCAAAAACUUUUAUAAUUUAGUAUCAAAGUUGAAUAAAAGUAAUAAUUCAUAACAAUCUAUUAUAAGUAAAGAAAAUUUCUAAGCCUAACAUAAGAAAAUAGCCUAAAUAAACUAAAUAGAGAAAUGCAUUACCAACAAAAUAAUUAUCUAAAGAACCUUAAAAUAUGAAAAGAGAUAUCAAUAAUAAACCUGGAUUAUUUUAAACUUAACAAUACUUUAAUUGUUGUUUCAGUUAAUAAAUUGUAAGUCAAUUAAUACCUAAUUUCAAUCAAACAAAACAUGCUCCUGAUUUCUAUGAUAAAAAUAAACAACAUUUCCAUUUCUCACGUAAUCAAACUCACAUAUAAAUUGCAUAUAACAUCUAUAUUAAGAAAUUUGGUUCAUCCCUAGUUGAAAAUUAGGAUCCAACUUCUGUUGCCAAAAAAGUCAUGUAUAAUAACUUUAAUCCUAUAGUAAUUUUCCCUAUUAGAACUAGUCUCAAAUACAAGAAGAGGAUAAGCAAGGUGAUGCAUCUGACUUAAAAAAAUAAAUUACUGAAGAUAACAAAUAGAAACCAUUGAAAGACUUAGUUCGAGAAUUUUAGAGUGAUUAAUGA